UCUGGGGAGCAGGACACUAACCUUUUGCCAUCUAUCCGCUACAACGUACUCAACGAGACCAAGUUCAUAGACUUCAACAUCCGCCAAGUGUAUGCUGGCGAUCCAGUUUCCGGAACACCUCCAAUACACUUCUCUAUCCUUCACGAUAUAUUCCCGGAACGCGACCAAAGAGUAAAGAGACUGGCAUCCGGCACCAUUGAAGCUCUCGUGGGGAAAUAUGGUGAAGCUUUACUCAGACUAUACUUUCGAUUCGUGCAUCUAUAUUCCCCAUUCUCUCGAAGGCCGGGAUACUCAUGAGCUAUGUCACGGAUAAGCUCAGCAUUCCAGCAUCCCUCCGAGGCGCAAUGUAUGGACUUGCAUGUGUAUAUUGGUCUCAGGAUCCUUCCCUGAAAGAUUUGCCAGCUCCGAGGCAAGCUAAACUGUUCGAACAUACACAUGCCGCUCUGAACCGAGACCUCGAUUUCCCUAAACUUUCAACCUUGCAAGCCUGUCGAUUAGUUCUCCACGAGCAACCCGAUGGAAGCCUAACAACGGAAAGCCCAAGGAUAUGCGUUUAUGCAUGUCAAGCCACGGCUUGUGCUUCAAGUUUAGGACUUGUUCAGGAUCCCACUCUGUGGACAUUGCCGACAUGGGAGACUUGGCUUCUGAUGGAGAUGCUGCUGGGCUACCGAGCGAAAAUCUCCUCGAAGAACACGACAGAAAAUUCGAUGGCGAUAGCUCACUUAGAUUUCUGGAGGUUAUCAAAUUGGCAAAAAUUCUAGGAAAAGUACUAGAAGAUGGUACACUUCAAUGCUACCGUAACACGAUCCAGAAAGUAAACACAGCAACAAGAGAAGCAAAGGUGUAGC